AUGAGCAACGGUCAGUUGAACCAACCCGGCGCAAUGUUCAAUAGGCCCACGCUGAAGCGCAACGGGUCCAGUUCCGCCGCGAUUUCCCACCUUCCAGUUUCCACACCUAACGGCACAUCAAGCAUACACAACACAAACAUACCCGAGCCGUUUUCCCCUGUAUCAUCUCAACCACCUGCCUCCGCUUCCGCAGCCUUUAAUACCAUGCUUCCACCGAUAGGCCAACCCUCAUUGCGUCAUGCAGAGAUGGAUGCUGCUGGGAAUGGCAUACCAAACAUGAACGGCUUGAAUGGAACGUAUCCCACAAAGAACGUUAAUGGCGGCACUGUUUCUGUCCUUUUGCGACGAUUGGCGCCGAAAUACAGCAACGAAUUACUACAUGGUCUACUUACAUUUUCCCAACACUUAGUCGAUUAUGCCUUCGUUCCUAACGAACACCCCGAAGACGGCCAGUGUCGCUCUGCGAUCGCGCGAUUUGAAACGAGAGCUGCAGCAGAGGAAGUUCGAAACGCCCUCCAUGGUAAACUCAACAGCACGGGUGAAGCCAAUAUGAUUGUUGAAAUUCUUAACACCCCUCCAGCCUCACUGGUGCGCCGCAAUACAAUCGAUCAUGCGUCAACUCGUACCCUGUCAAAUUCUACAUCCCAAAUCAGUGCUCCGUCGGUCUUAACGCGCCAGGCGUCGCUCUUUAAUGGUGCUUUCCAGGCGUUCGAGAGAGCAGGGAAUCAUGAGCUUCCAGCGCCAGAAGGGAAUUCCCAACUCACAUCUAUAUUUUCCCCUCAGUCGCCUAUCGAAAAUUCAGUCAAUGACCGCUCUUACGGGUCUGGCAAGAUGAUGAUCAAACAGGAUCCGGACGAAGAUACCGGUGACUUGCUGAAUGACCCUGUUGGGUAUGCGCGGAAUUGCCCUUCUAAUCCGGCAGCUUUACAGCGACGCUUGACCAACCCGCCAGUCCCGCUAUCACAUUUUGCCAACCUCUCGUUAUCAACAAAUGUUAGCAACCCAAUGCAGCAAUUGAGUGGCGCUCGAUCAAACACGAAUAUUGGAACUCCCACCAGUACAAUACCGCCCGGCCUUUCAUCCACGAUGGUACCAAAUCCGGGAUACAUGCAUGCUUCUCAGUACCAUCGGGUAAAUUACCCACCCGUCAAUCCGGCCGAUCAAAACCCUCCUUGCAAUACUUUAUACGUGGGCAAUCUCCCACAUGAUACCUCAGAAGACGAGCUGAAGGCUUUGUUUACCAAACAGCGUGGAUACAAGCGACUCUGCUUCCGGAAUAAGCAGAACGGACCUAUGUGCUUCGUUGAAUUCGAAGACAUUUCUUUUGCGACUAAAGCCCUGCACGAGCUGUACGGAUAUCAACUUUCCAACAGUGUCAAAGGCGGCAUUCGUCUUAGUUUCUCUAAAAACCCGCUUGGGGUUCGCCCAGGGCCUCCCCCCGGGAUGAACGCAACACCCAAUACUAAUGCUGGGAAAACAGCAAAUGGCACAGGAAUGCCACUUUUCGCGACUGCGAACACCUUCCCACCUGGAUUGGGCAUCCCUCCUGGUUUUGCAAAUGCAAACAAUUCAAUCAAUCCUAUGGCUGGCAUCAACAACAACUCUGCGGCCAACAACGCCUUUAAUGGGCACUCAACGCCGGGACUCGGAAUGAACCCUGGCGCUAUUGGAACAUCGCGUUCGCAAACUCUUAAUGGUGGACCCGUUGGUGGAAUGGCAGGUCCAAAUAUGGCAAACAUGAACGUCACUGCUUUUGCUGAUUUCAUGGGCCGAUAG